UACAUCCGUUAACACACACACGCGCGCGCACUCACACACACUAUGUCUCCUUCCUCAACAUCCAAACCCUAAACAGAAAUAUCCACUCAUUUCACCAAACAAUCAUCAUGCCAGCUGACGGAACCGCCGAUCGGAGAAUCGACACAUCAUCUUCAUCGCCUCUUCCGGCGCCAACUAACGGAUUUCGAACUGUUCCGACGAACUCGCUAUACCGGCUUCGAUUAAACCCUAAUAAUAGUCAUAGACCUGACAGUUAUGAAGAUCUUAAUCAAAUUGAGUUUACUCCUUUGCUUUAUAGCUCACUUGAACGCUAUUUGCCUCCUAAUAUGUUGAAUGUCCAUCGUGAAAUUAAGCUUAGGUAUAUGAGUGAGAUUCUGCGUCGCUAUACUUCCGAAGGUGAACGUAAUCGAAUCCAAAAGCACAGAGAAUACAGGCAGAGAAUUGUAUCUAAUUAUCAGCCCCUAUAUAGAGAUUUAUAUCAAUUGAAUGCCACAACCUUCUUUGUGCCAUCCUUCUUAAAAGCGUUCAUGGCCUCCGAUAACACCAGAGAAGCAAGUAUCAGAAGUAUCAUGUCUGAACCUGCUCCAGGAAUUUAUACAUUCAAUAUGCUGCAGCCUCGUUUUUGUGAAAUGUUGCUUGCUGAGGUAGACAAUUUUGAGAAGUGGAUUCAAGAAACAAAAUUCAGAGUUAUGCGGCCAAAUACAAUGAACAAGUACGGUGCUGUUCUUGAUGACUUUGGAAUGGAAACCAUGCUGGAAAAGUUAAUGGAUGAAUUUAUACGGCACAUCUCAAAAAUUUUCUUUGCUGAUGUUGGAGGGUAUGCACUUGAUUCACAUCAUGGAUUUGUUGUUGAGUAUGCAUUUAAUAGAGACAUUGAAUUGGGGUUCCAUGUAGAUGAUUCAGAGGUGACCUUGAAUGUUUGUUUGGGCAAGCAUUUUUCUGGUGGGGAGUUGUAUUUUAGAGGCGUGCGAUGUGAUAAACACAUGAAUACGGAAUCACAUCCUGAGGAAAUCUUCGAGUACUCCCAUGUCCCUGGACAUGCAGUUAUUCAUCGCGGUCGCCAUCGACAUGGUGCGAGAGCUACUACAACUGGCCAGAGAAUCAAUUUACUGCUUUGGUGCAGAAGUUCUGUGUUUAGAGAGUUGAAAAAACACCAAAAGGAAUUUACAAGCUGGUGUGGGGAAUGCCAACGGGUGAAGAGAGAACGGCUUCAGCAGGUUGUACUUGCAAAGAGAGGGGAGCUAUUCGGCAGUCAAGGAGAAGCUGCUUCUUGAUUGGAUGAGGAAUCACUUUGCUUAUGCUGUGCUCGUAGAUCAGUGUACAUGUAGAUCCUUUAUGAAGACCAAGUCAUGGUAGUCGAAUCCUAAGCAUGACCUCAGUUUUGACCUUUAAGUUAUUUCUGAUCAUGCGUUAUGGUGAUGAAAAGUUGUUUGUUAUAACCUGGCUACAUUUAUUUUCUUUCCAUUUAUGUGACAUGAUGAAUCUGUUAUUUAUAGGUAGCAAUGAGUGUUGUGUCGAUUUCAUAUAUGUUAUGGAAGCUCGUGUGUUUUGGGUUGUAUCAUAGUGCCUUAAGGCUAUGUGGAUGGUUUAGACAUUUGAAGUAUUUAUGCUUGUUGUCUUAGGAUCUUUGUAAAUUACGACUUCUGAAAAAGAUAUUUAGUUUAAGAGCAUUAUAAUUUAAUUUUUUGAACUAUAUUUAUUGUA